AACAGGCAGCAGCACCUUCACUGGUUUUGAAGCCCUCCAUGGCCAGCUGCCGGAUUGCAGCUCAAACCUUAGGGGCGCCCCCAGUAUUGCCGCCUCCAUCCUCUGCCUUGACUCGAGCUCGCUUCUCACCCAACCCAGCAUGAACUAGCAGACAAUGACACCUAGAGAAAUCUAUUCUUUUCUAAACGGUUAAAGAAAUUCUGCUGGUUAUUAGUUUAAUCUCACCAACCAAGAGCUGGUGAUUGCCUACUAACCACUUCGAGUCCCCUGCCGAUAUAUAUAUCCUGCGCGUUACUCAGAAACUCGCGGCAUUCCAUUCCUCCUUCCGUCGUGUUCGUGGAGCUCAGAGCAUUCGAUUUCUUGGCAGCUUUGGUGGGAGGAGAGGGAGGUGAAGGUUUGCAGCAGAUCCAGGUAGUAGGCAUGUCGUCGGGCCAGGCCGAGAACGGCGGCGGAGCCGGGCCACCGGCGCUCAGGAGUGGGAGCCGGCGGAGCACGCGGUUCAAGGACGAGAACGAGUACGUCGAGGUCACGCUCGACGUCGGGGACGACGACGCCGUCGCCGUCCGGAGCGUCAAGAACGUCGCCGGCGGCGGGGACUUGCAGGAGGUGGCGCUCCUGGAGCGCCCGCCGCCCGGCUCCGGGGGCCUGUCGUCGAAGCUGAAGGCCGCGCGGGCCGAGCUGCGGCGCGUCACGUCGGCGAAGCGCGCCGUGCCCCUGUCCGCGCUGCUCCGCGGCGACCGGCGCCGGCUGGACAGGAGCACGACCGGCGCCGCGCGCGCGCUCAGGGGCCUCCAGUUCCUGAACCAAGCCGCCGUGACGCAGGGCUGGCCCGUGGUGGAGAAGCGGUUCCACCGGCUCGCCGUCGACGGCUUCCUCAUCCGGUCACGCUUCGGCCAGUGCAUCGGAAUGGUUGGAUCGGAGGAGUUUGCGGCGCAGACGUUCGACGCGCUUGCGCGGCGAAGAGGGAUCACAGCUCAGGUGCUGACCAAGGAUCAGUUCCGCGAGUUCUGGGAGCAGCUCUCCGAUCCAGGCUUUGACGCCAAGCUUCAAACCUUCUUUGACAUGGUUGACAAAAACGCAGAUGGUCAGAUCACCGAAGAGGAGCUCAAAGAGGUCCUCACUCUGACAGCCUCGGCGAACAAGCUGUCCAAGAUCCUGGAGCGCGUCGACGAGUACACCGCAUUGAUCAUGGAGGAGCUCGAUCCCGACAACCUCGGCUACAUCGAGAUAGCAAACCUGGAGUCACUGCUGCUGCAGCCACCGUCGCAGGCGCCGAGCAGGCCGGUGACCCACAGCUCCAACAUCAGCCAGCUGAUCAGCCAGAAGCUGGCGCCGACGCCGGAAUGGAACCCGCUCCGCAGCUGCGCCAGGGGCCUGUGGUACUUCAUGGAGGACAACUGGAAGCGCAUCUGGGUCAUGGCGCUGUGGCUGGCCAUCAACGCCGGCCUCUUCACCUGGAAGUUCCUCGCCUACCGGCGCAACCCAACGUUCGACGUCAUGGGGUACUGCGUCUGCGUCGCCAAGGGCGGCGCCGAGACCACCAAGUUCAACAUGGCCGUGAUCCUCCUCCCGGUGUGCCGGAACACCAUCACCUGGCUCCGGUCCAAGACCAAGCUCGGCGCCGCCAUACCGUUCAACGACAACAUCAACUUUCACAAGGUUGUCGCGGCGGGUGUGGCGGUCGGCGUCCUGCUGCACGCGGUGACGCACCUGACGUGCGACUUCCCGUGGCUGCUGCACGCCAGCAACGAGGCGUACGAGCCGAUGAAGCAGUACUUCGGGCAGCGCAGGGUGCCCAACUACUGGUGGUUCGUCAAGGGCGUCGAGGGGAUCACCGGCGUCAUCAUGGUGGUGCUCAUGGUCAUCGCCUACACGCUGGCGCACCCGUGGUUCCGGCGCGGCAAGCUCAGCGAGGGCAACCCGCUGCGGCGGCUCAGCGGGUUCAACAUGUUCUGGUACUCGCACCACCUGUUCGUCGUCGUGUACAUCGCCUUCGUCGUCCACGGCGUGUGCCUCUACAUCAACCGGACGUGGUACAAGCAGACGACAUGGAUGUACCUUGCCAUCCCCCUCCUGCUGUACGCCGGCGAGCGCCUUCUCCGAGCUCUGAGGUCCCAUGGCCUCACCACCGUGAGGAUUGAGAAGGUUGCGGUGUACCCCGGGAACGUCAUCGCCAUCCACAUGAGCAAGCCGCACGGGUUCAAGUACAAGAGCGGGCAGUACAUCUACGUCAACUGCGGCGAGGUCUCGCCGUUCGAGUGGCACCCUUUCACCAUUACCUCGGCGCCCGGCGACGACUACCUGAGCAUGCACAUCCGGUGCCGCGGCGAUUGGACGACCAGCUUCAGAGCCCUGUUUUCGCAGGUGUGCCGCCCCCCGGCCGUGGGGCAGAGCGGCCUCCUGAGGGCCGACUUCACGUCGCCCAUGGCGCCGCCGCAGAGCGCCAGCAAGCUCCCGAAGCUGCUGAUCGACGGGCCCUACGGCGCGCCGGCGCAGGACUACCGCAAGUACGACGUGCUCCUCCUCAUCGGCCUCGGCAUCGGCGCCACCCCGCUCAUCAGCAUCGUCAAGGACGUCCUCAACAACAUCUCUGACGAGCCGUCGUCGUCGCCGACGAGGGGGGACGGCGCGUUCAUGACGCGGCGCGUGUACUUCUACUGGUGCACGCGCGAGGAAGGGUCCUUCGAGUGGUUCCGCGGCGUGAUGAACGAGGUGGCGGAGCGGGACGAGGGCGGCGAGCUGGUGGAGCUGCACAACCACUGCACGAGCGUGUACGAGGAAGGGGACGCGCGGUCGGCGCUGCUGGUGAUGCUGCAGGCGCUGCACCACGCCAAGAGCGGCGUCGACGUCGUCUCCGGCACGCGCGUGCGCACCCACUUCGCGCGCCCCAACUGGCGGGACGUGUUCAAGCGCGUGGCGUGCAACCACCAGGGCCAGCGCGUCGGCGUGUUCUACUGCGGCGACCAGAAGUUGACGCCGGAGCUCCGGCGGCUGUCGCAGGACUUCUCGCGCAAGACCACCACCAAGUUCGUCUUCCACAAGGAGAACUUCUGAUGAGGUCACGCCCUGCGAUUUCGGCGUGUUUCCAUGGCGACGAUGAGCUCGACACGAAAAAUGUAGCACAAACACAAACAUGAUGUGUAAGUUGGAUUACUAGUGUGUUUUAGGGUAGGACAAAGGUUAAUCUACAUAUAGAUAUGUAGUAAUUAAAAACAUUUUUUUUUCAUUUCUAAAUGGAUAGGUAUAUAGUACUGCUCAUUUGUGACCUUUUAGGUUGUUUAUUUAUGCUGCUCACCCAGUACAAAAUAGAAAACAUAUUUCAUUGGCCUCGCGGAA